AAAUUUCAGGUUGAGUUUGAAGCUACAAGAAGAUUCAGCAAGCUUGGCAGAGGCUGCACGGGCAGUGGAUGCAACAGCAUUCAGUCUCAGAAUGUUGACGACAGAGGCUGGAAAACAUCUUCAGCACUUCAUAGAUGAGAUGACAGAAGACCCAUCAUCCUAUCAUGGCCACCAAGUGAAGAGGGUAGAUAGAGAAAAUGAAGAAGAGGAGUUUGCAUCUAGCAGGUCUGAUGUGAUCACCAAGUUGCUGAAGCACAUCGAGAGACGCUUCGCCUCCCUGAAGCAGGAUUUGAUCCAUGCUGCAACAUCUAUCCUUGACACCUCACAGUGGCCAUCAGCAAAGGAGGAAUUGGCCACUUACGCCAACACUUCUGUUGACUACACAUGUCGCCACUUCAGGGACAUCAUCAUCAAACAAGGCUGCAAUCUAGAGGAGGUAAUGUACGAAUGGCAGGAGGCAAAACUGUUCAUAGGAGACCUACCACCAGCAAGGCGCCAUACCGUGUGGCGAGAUAUCUUCAAUGACCCCGAGCUGGCAGCCAAGUUCCCCAACUUCAUGCACAUUGUGGAGGUACUCCUUGUUCUACCUCUCUCCACGGCAGCAUGUGAAAGAGGUUUCAGUUGCAUGAAACAGGUGAAGACUGACUGGAGGGCCUCCCUAACAGUAGAAAUGCUGACAAAGCUGAUGUUCAUCGUCCUCAAUGGGCCAGCCCCCACCGACUUCCGUGCAGCUGGAGCAGUGAAGGCUUGGUGGAAGGCAGCUGAAAGGACCCGGCGUCCAGAUUACAUGGAAUAACUGAACUAUUCCAUGAAGAUGAUCAGUAUUUUAAUCCGAAGUGUAAUAUUAGUGCUUUGUAAGUUUAUUUAUGCAUUUUCUCUGUCUCUUUACGCAACGAAAUAUUGAACUUAGACAUGGCUGCUUUUUCUUUUUAA